AAGAGGAUGCUCAAAUACACCUGCUCCAUCAUACAUUAGAUACAACAAUACAGUUACCACUGCUGCAACAGAUAGAGUAGGAUAACCUGUAAAACAGCUUCAUAGACUCGUCAGCUUCCGAAAGCCAAGUGGAAAUCAACGCUAAAACAAGCGGAUCAGGGGCAUUUAUGAAAGGAGAGUUUAGCCCUGUCUGAUCCACUGCACCGGGAGGCAAGAUGCCAGUCCAGAUACCGGACGACACCGAUUUCUUAUCUUUUCGAGACCAAUGUGAAAGUCAGGAUGGUUGGGUCAGCCGUUAUAAUAAAGGAGGAGUGACGGUUUGGUGUCGAGACGAGGAGUGCAAAAGUGUGCAGAAACUCAAGAUGAGAAUCGUGUGCAAGGACGUGACAGCGGAGACUCUCUACGACGUCUUGCAUGACACAAGCUACCGGAAAAAAUGGGACACCAACAUGAUUGACACUUUCGAUAUUGGAAGGCUGACAGUUAAUGCAGAUGUAGGAUAUUAUUCCUGGAAAUGUCCAACUCCACUGAAGAACAGAGACUUUGUCACCAUGCGGUCAUGGCUUCCUCUUGGAAAUGACUAUCUGAUAAUCAACUACUCUGUCAAACACCCGGAAUACCCACCAAAGAAGGAUUAUGUCAGAGCUGUGUCGUUACUCACUGGAUACUUGAUCCAAUCCAAUGGAGCAAACUGCUGUACUCUUUACUAUUUAACACAAGUGGACCCACGAGGGUCUUUACCCAAGUGGGUAGUGAACAGGGUCUCACAGUUUGUGGCACCAAAGGCAAUGAAAAAGAUUUACAAGGCCUGUCUGAAGUAUCCAGAGUGGAAACGAAAACAUGAACCGAAUCUGAAGCCGUGGAGGUUCCCGGAGCAGAACACACUGCCCUGCAUCAACGUGGCGGAUCUGACGGUGCAGAGAGCAGAUUCACUGGAGAACAUUGACGAGAGCGGCGUCAGCGAGGAGAAAGCCCAGCACCACAGCGAUGAUGACGAGACCUAAAACUGCUCUCUCACAUCCGUCCUGGAGAUCAGGCACAGAACAAACUAACAUUAUAGUGUUUUGCAGAGAUUUCAAGACCUCCAUACACUCAACACAGUUCGGUUGACAGCUGUUGUAGUCAUCUUUUAUUGUGUAAACAUUCAAAGUUAACAGAUCGUCUUACAGAUUUUUAUUAAAGGAUUAGUUCACCCCAAAAAAUUAAAUUGUAAUUAAUUACGCAGCCUUGUGUUAUUUCAAUCCCCCGAGACUUUCUUUUAUGUUUGGGAGACAAAAUUAAGAUAUUUUAGAUGAAAUCCAAGAGCUCUCUCAUCCUCCAUAGACAGCAACAAUCCCGAGCCCUCUCAUCCUCCAUAGACAGCAACAAUCACGAGCCCUCUCAUCCUCCAUAGACAGCAACAAUCACAAGACGUUCAAAGUUGAGAAAACGACAGAAAAACAAUUCCAUGUAACUUCAGUGGUUCAACAGUAAUUAUCAACCCAGGCUCAUUCUGAAAACGUAGUCCCAUGGACGUUUCUGGAGACCACGAAUUAUGUAGCAGUUCCCUUUCGCGCUUGCCGACUGACCGCUUACCUCCGUGUGGAGGGCUUUCCCGCCGCAACCGAAAAUGUAGUUCCGCGGAUGUUUCUGGAGACCGCGAAUUGUGUAGCCGGAAGUACUUACGGCUGCAUUUCGUAGUCCCAAAAACAGUUAAAAACACUGUAAAGGUUUUCCUCAUCAGGUCAUCAGAGUACUAUGAGCAAUAAGAAUUGUAUUGCUCACAGUAAACAGGCACCAGGACCCGAUUUAGCUGGAAACAGUACAUAGAAGUUGUUUUUACGUUCUUUGCCCCCACACAUGUGGAGCUUUAAAUGUGAUUACAGUAGAACCACCAUGAAAUGAUUUGACAAUGUUUUUGGUUUCUUUCCAAAACCCUUGUUUUCAUUAAUGCGAGAGAUUUUGGAUUUAAACUAAAAAAAUCUUAAUUUGUGUUCCAAAGAGGAAUGAAGGUCUCAGGGGAUUAUAGAACAACAUGAAUGUGAGUAAUUAAUAACAGAAUUUUUGGGUGAACUAACCCUUUAGGGUGAGACACUGCAGGCAAAACACUUUCUUCAUGCAUUUAUAAAAUAAUAAUAAUAUAUAUUGUCACACUUUAUCAAUUUGCAUCUGUUGAUUUCAAUUACAUUACACAUUUUAGAGCCCAUUUUUUGAAAGUGACUAGCUCUUACAAACAUAAAACUUCACAGUUUUAUAUAAUUCGGUAUUUUGAAGAAUAUUAGAGAGG